CCCACCUCUACACAUCAGUAAUUAUCAGGCAGUAGUAUUUCUACUAUUUUCAUUUCCUCCUGUCAGCUUUGAGUUUUGUUGACUGAGACACAAAAAUUGAUUAUACCUGAGGGAAAGAUACGAUGUGCCAAAUGAUUAGAUGAAGUUAUUUCUAAAAUCUUACUUUUGAAAGGUUUCUGUUACGUUUUUGUUUACCAAGCAGAAGUUUGGGUGUAAGAGGCUAUUAAGGAGUAUUGAAUCUACUUCUGCAGGUCACAGAAGAAAACUGUAUUUUGUGAGCUCCCCUCCCCCCACAUCAUUAAUUCUGGAAUUUAAAUUUAAGCAAAGUAACCUUCAAUAUUUUAAUUAAAAUACUUAAUAAAACCAUAGAACUUAGUAGGAAAUAAAUGGUAUUUAAAAAAUUUCCCCAAUGCUAAGGAAAUGAAUGUUUCUGUUCUUUAAUAUACUCUAGACAGGUAUUUAAAACAUGAAAAUUAUUGAUGUAAAAAUUGAAGUCUAAUUCCUGAAGUUUUUUUUUUCUUUUUUAAUUAUGAAUUUUUUUUAAUUCUUCAAAUCUUAAAAUCAUUUAAAGUCUUUACAUUACCACUGGGUGGCAGCCCUGGCUUCUCCCACUAAGCAACAGGGUCAGCAAAUAUAAUUAAGGCAUUGAAGUAUAAUUUUUCAUUUUCAUUAUAUCCUCAUCUUUGUCAAUCUCCCUUUGUUUAUUGAAUGAUUAUUAGUAGAUAAGUACAAUAGAAAUAAGUUGUGUGCCUCCCUUUUUUGCUAUAAGAUCAAUUGACUGUAAGUUGAAGAAAAUUUCAGUGUUAAAAUAUGAUUAGGUAGUAAACAUCUUAUUUAAACAUUUGAUGAUGCCUUUUCUCCAUUUUUUUUUUUUUUGUUAAAGAUUUUAUUUAUUUGACAGAGAGAGAGAGAUUACAAGUAGGCAGAGCAGCAGGCAGAGAGAGAAGGGGAAAAAGGCUCCCUGCUGAGCAGAGAGCCCGAUGUGGGGCUCUAUCCCAGACCCUGGGAUCAUGACCUGAGCUGGAGGCAGAAACUUAACCCACUGAGCCACACAGGUGCCCCCAUUUUUGUUUUUUUUCCCCAGUAUUACUUUUUAAAAAAAUUAAUCUUUGUAUCACAGGCAUGAACUAUAUAGUAAACCUCACUGAGGAUUAAGGAUUUUGAGAAAGCAGCUAGGAAUGGAGUAGCAUUGGAAGUAGACUACACAUUUCUGUGCUAUAAUUAGAUUUAUAAUAACUAGAGAGUUUCCAGAUAGCCCACCUAACCAUUUUAAAAAGCACUGCAUUUACUUAUCUUCUACAAGGCAGAAGAGUUGGGCCAUCUGAUUGUUCAACAAAAUAAAGCUUGAACAGCAUGCAGGAGUUGAGGCAGUCAAACCAGGCUGUAGAACUCUUCCAUUUGUUAAAUCAGAGAAGAGAAAAUGUAUUACACACAGAUAUAAAAGGUAUCAUCACUCAUCUUUUCUUUUUCUGUUGCCACAUUUUUCUUCUUUCAGGUGUCCUGUAGUUUCUCAUGUCCUUUAGUCCCUCUCUUAUCCAUGCACAGCUGGGCUGCAAAAUGCCAGGUAGUUGAUGAGCCAGUAAUACCUAUUGUGUGCUCUUAUUAUACUGGGAUGAAAAUCUCACUGGCAACUAUGGAAUUUGGUACUUAAACAUCUUAUCAAAUUUUUAAAAGUCUUAAACCAGCCCUUACCUCAAUAACUUUUUUAUAAAUGUAAACUUUACUUGAAGCAAUUUUCUUAAGAGCUAGAACAACCUUAGCAUCUACGUAGCUAGUGAGUAGCAGGACUUGUAUUAGAAACCAGGUCUCCUUAUUCCCAGCCUGGUACACACUGCCAUCUCUGUGCUUGUUUUAGACUUCAGAGUUCUGGGGAUAGCCUGGGUGGCCCAGCUAAGUGUCCAGCUCUUGAUUUCAGCUCAGGUCAUGCGCUCAGGGUCAUGCACUUGAACCCUGCAUUGGGCUAUGCACUCAGCGGGGAUUCUGCUUAGGAUUCUCUCCCUCUUGCACUCUCAUUUUCUCCCUUUCUCUCACUGUCUAAAAUAAGUCUUCACAUUAAAACAAACAGACUAAGAGUUCUGGGAAGAGUGGAUUUACAGAACUUUUCUUCCAUAUGUGAGAAGACACUUAGCCAUCAAUUUAAACACCGAAAACACACAGAACCCUGCCCAACCCACUUGUGUAAAUAACUUCUCCAAAAUCUUGGAAGAAGUUAUUUGAGAACUGAAGUUUAGUAAUGAAAGGCUGUUGUUGCAGUAUCUAUCAAUUGGUCAUAGGUCCUUAGGAUUCAUUUGAAUAUGUAUGAACACAUUUACAUCACAGUAACAUACCUAGCACAAUUAAAGACCAUGUCACGUAUAUAUCACUAAAAACAGGAAAGCUAACUAAUCCAUUGCUAUUGCUGGCAGAUGAGCAACUUGGGUUGGUAGAAAAAGACCAUCCUUCUAGGUGCAGGGCACAUAAAUUAUCUCCAACUUCAAGCUCUCGUUUUGUCUUCUAAUCCAGAAAUUACAAAGACACAUGGGAACUACUGUCAGUGUAGAUAAUUCUGUGAGAAUUAGGAAAAGGCACCUCUUAACCUCCAUACCCUGCCCCUCUCCCACAUCUUGGAUAGGGUAUAACCAAAUAGAACUACAGUAAAGCCCACAUAGUACAAAAGUAAUUGUUCAUAUUUAAAAAUUGGGGAAUUUCACAAAAUAUUUAGAGUUUUGAUUUCCCCUGAAUAAUAAGCUGACAGUACUGGAGUUGAAUUCCCACAAGGUGACUAUUGGAUGGAACCUAAUAUAAAUGGUUUCCUUACGUUACUAAUGUACAUGGUUAAAAAGAAGAAUUGUAAAAGUAUCUUUUCCAACCCUUAUCUCCCAGUUCACAUCUCCAAAUGCAGUUGUAGUUAAUUCCUAUCUUAUAAUGUGGAUGUUUUGGUUUAGAAUCUGGAAACUUAUUUUUCAGAAACAGCUCAGAUGCAAUGUCCAAAUCAACAAAUUAGGAAUGUAGCAUUACAGCAUGAUUUAACCUUUCCACUUUAAUAUUUUGCUCCAAGAAAAGGGGGCCCUUUGUAUUCUUGUGUAUAUAGAUACAUAUACAGAGAUAGAUCUUUUUUAACUGUUUCCAAGUGGCUUCACAGUUACAAUCACUUUUUCCUUAAAGGAUAUUGAUAAAAGAGAGAUGACAUCUUCAUUUUAUGUUCCGAACAGCAUCCAGUGGACUUUCUAAAAAAUGCAACCUUACUGCUGGGGAAAACCAUUAUUUGAUUCUACUGUGAAGCAAGGUAGGAAGCUUCUCCCCUCUGAUAAGCUGGUUCUGUUGGUUUAGCAAGUUUAUAUGACUCAGCUCUGUCAUCUAAACACGUGUCGACCAGCAUACUGUUCAUACUCCACACCCUAAUUUCUUGCUGUUACAUGAUCUAAACAAAGUGACCAAGGAACUGAAAUGUAUAUGGAGAUGUUUAUUGAUCAGAAAGUAUACAGUUUGCCGAGACGUUUUUAAUGAGUAAAACCUAAAUUGAAUGUUGUGAGGUUUUAAAGAAUAGGAGUUUCAAUCAGCCAUGUUCAUAGAGAUAAAUUUUUUAAACCAAAAUGUCUUUUUAAGAUUAUGUUUGUUGGCCAGAGCACGUUUAAUUAUCAAAUAUUUUCAGAAUUGGCCUGUUGCUCAUAGUGGCUUAGCACAAACAUUUAUCUACUGGUCUACAUUUAUCUACUGUUUUGCUCAAAUUACUUUUUAAGCUGUUUUUAAGGCUAGGUUAAAGCUAGGCUCAGUAUUUUGGAAUAAUGUAAAUUUCAUUUGUAGUUAUAACUGCAGAAGACAAAGAAUAGUCAACUUCCUUUUUUCCAUGUUUUGUGGUACCUUUCAGAAAAGUAAUGACUUUCAAACAGGAAAACAAACAUAAAUAGACAUCUAAGGUAAAAUCCCUCGUUGCUUUAAAUAAAUUUCUGGGCUGAUUCUAACAAAAUUUCUAUCUGAGACUAUGUAGAAAAGUUGCAGAUGGCCUUUGGGUAAUUACGGAGACAGUUGGGUUCCAAAAUGAGACUGAACUCUUGUCUGUUUUAGAACUAUUAUUGAAUUGAUUUUCUUGGGCUUUUACUGAAAGAAAUAUGUAAUCCCUGAAUAAGCAUGUUGUUUCUAGGAGCAUGUAAUGCCAAAGUUUACUUGUUUUGAUAUGUUUUCUAAAGGGGGAUGGUACAGAAAAGAAACACUGAUUUCCUCAGGGCAAAUGCUAAUCACUUGGUGCCAAGAUGAAAAGAAUAGUAUUUGAACUGUUAUAUCUAUAUGUAUGAUUAUGUGUAGUGUUUAGCUUUUGGAGAUAUUUAUCCAUCAUCCAGCCAUGAGGUCAACUCACCUCAACUCACUUCACAGGUGUCAGAGUUUUGAGCUAGCAAUAUGAUACUGAAGAAAAUAGACAUAGCUGUCAUAAAAUUUAUAUUGCUAGUGAUGAGAUGCCUAACGGUGAAGUGCUCUAAAGAAAGAACAGAGCAGGAGGUUGAGGAGGUUGAGGAGGUUGAGUGAGAAGUGGGGUGUUAAUUAAUAUAGGGUGAUCAAAGGAUGCUUCUAAUUUUAAAAAAUUGACCUUUGAGCUUAUUGUGUACUCCACUUAAUAGAAUCAGUGAUGACUGACCAGGAUUAAACUAGUGGUUGAGUGAAAAUACAGCAGCCAUAGCCAUUUAAAAAUUAUACUACAAUUUUCACUAUUACAGAGCAUUGUUUCUGGUUUCCAGGGUUGUUUUUUUUUUUUUUUUAAAUUGAAUAAAAUGGUAUUUAAGUAUAGAACUUUUAACUCAAAGGGCUUUUCUGAAUAAAGCUUGAUUCUCCAUCUUAAGAGGAGUUGUUGGGGGAUGUCAAUUGAAAAAAAAAAGCAGGAAGAACUGUUUGAUCACACCUAAAGGGAAAAAUUGAGGUUAAGGAGAAUUAAAUUCCUGGUGCUCUGCAUUGGUGGUCAGACAAUAAACUAGGAAGGAAAUUGAAAAGUAUAAAAUAUAUUGAAAGGAGGUGAAAAAGGGCUAUGAGAACCCUGAAAACUAGAGCUUGAAAGUUAUAUAGUUAUAUCUGGAGCAGACUCCAUGGAAGCAGGAGUUAGAAGAGUAAGACAAGGGGAAUACCCUGUGUUUUUUCCAAAAAGAAAGGAGGGAAAAAGGGAGGGAGGAAAGAAAAAUUGAGACUGGAUUAUAACUAUCAGAUGUGCUAAAAACCCAGGACAUAGAUAUUUAGGAAUCUGGGUAAAGGAAAGGGAAUUGUGUGCUAAGUAGGGCAAGAAUGGUUAUUGGAAUGGAGUAAUUGACCACGUAGUCCAUGCCAAGGUACCAGGACCUAUCCUGCGCUUACACAACCCUAAGAGUGGUAGCCUCAAAUUUUGCGCCCUACUGCCCCACCCACCCUUGGUUCAAUUCUAGUCCCAGCACUACAGAACUCAGAGAGCUUAGGAAUCUCUUCUUCGAUCAUCAAUUUCCUUAUCCCUCCACUGUCUCUUUACCUUUCCCUAAAAGCCUUUUCUCUCCUUGCUUUUUCUUCCAUAAUUAAAUAUCAAAUACUUAAGUGGCAAAUAAUAUAAUAGGAAAAAAAAUUCCUAUUUCUAGACUGUACUUGCUUAUAGUAGGAAAUAGGUCCAUACUUCAGCAAUUCGUCUUCAGACAUAAAUGAUCCUUCAACUCCGGAGAGCAGUAGAAAUUAACCUGAAAAGUGCAGGAAACAUGUUAGAGAAUAGUUUGGUUUGGGCAUGUUGCCUUAAGGAGACCCCAACCAGCUAACAAGAAGGUAUAGAAGUACCUCAAAGUCAGAAGAAGGCAUAGAUCAGAGGGGGGAAGUCAAGGCAAAAGUAGGAGCUGGGAGGUGAGGCACAGCUGUCCAGAAGCUCUCAAUGGCAGGCCCAAGCAGGGGUGAUGGACUAAGUUCCUUGAGUCAUGAACCAGUCCUGACAAGGACUGUUGUUCAAAAGCUGUGGCAGGCAGGUGGCAUUAUCCCUCAGUGUCCCUUGAGGUGUGCUGUGACAGAGACUGUCCUUGCGGUGGCUUGUGAAAGCUCAGUAAUACUGCCUUGUCAACAUGGCAGCGGGGCAUCUUGCCAGGAACCCAUGCCCAAGUAGAGCUAACUACCUUAACCCAAGUUCUGUUGAACAACUCUCCUGCUUCCCCCACAGCAUAAGUAAAUAAGUUGUUCCCUCAUUCUCUGUUUACAUACCUUAUCCUUUCUAUCCUCAGUGUAUAUUCCCUUCAACUUUGCAGUCCUUGAGCUUGGCUCAUGCUACUGGCCCAGUUGGAAUGCUCAACUGAAUGUGUCUCUCCUACCCAGAUCUAAUUGGUAGAUCCUUAGGAUUCCAUAUUGAGGUUUGUCUAUUUCCUAAAACCUUUGCUACUCUCCAGGAUCACUCACCCCACUGUGUUCCUCAGACACAUUGUGGUACAGUUAGGUGAGUGAAAAGACUUGGAGUUAGGCAAACCUCGGUUGAAAUUCCUGUCUCCAUCCCGGACUAGCUCUGUGAUGUAUAGUAAAUAAAUUUCUCUGAUCCCUAUGUCCUCAUCUGAAAAGUUGGAAAUCAGUUCUUACCUUGUAAGUCUGUUAUAUAAUACAUGGAAAUCUUUAUAAUUAUGGAAAGACUUUAGGGACAAUUCUUGGCAUGUAGUAGAUACCCAGUAUGCAUUGACUUUGACUGUUAGCUCUUUUUUUUUUUUUAACAUUUUUUAGUUUUUGAGAGAGAGACAGUGAAAAAGAGGGUGAACCAGGGGAAGGUCAGCGGGAGAAGCAGACUCCCCGUGGAGCAGGGAGCCCGAUGUGGGACUCGAUCCCAGGACUCCAGGAUCAUGACCUGAGCUGAAGGCAGUUGCUUAACCAACUGAGUCACCCAGGUGCCCCGACUGUUAGCUUUUAACACAUGGAAAUUGUGGGCAGAAAUGGACUUAGGAUAGAGGAAUUUGGAAGCCAGGACUGGGAAAAUAAGUGUCAAAGCUGGUAUGUAUGAAGCACUCCCAAGUUGGCUUGUGUCCAGACCCAAGGGCAGAGGGGGGUAGGAUCAGAAGCAAGGAGAGCAGUGAGAGACUAUGUACAAGCAGCUGGUGACCAGAAGUCGGGGCACAGAUGUGGCCACUGACUCAGUACUGGGAUCAUGGAAAACAUGCACCAAGUGCUCUUGAACAUGAUGUAGUAAAAAAUACACAAUUAAUAUUAACGCUUAUUUUGCCAGAUACCACUGUAAGUAUACCAUCCCAUUUCCAUUUAGUCCUCACAACAGCCCUAUGAAUUAGGAUGGUCUCCCAAUUUACAGGUAAAGACAAUAAAACAGACUAUUUAAAUGACUUGCCUAAAAAAUUCAGCUAGUAAGUGGCAGAGCCCAGAUGCCAACCCAGACAGUUGUUUCCAGAGCCACCUUUAAACUACCCUCUGAUAGAGAUCUUCAACUGGAAGCCUUUCUUUGCUGGUCCAGGGGCCAGACCAUAAGAUGGGGAGCCUGCAAAGGACCAGCCAAAGUGAAUAAUCCCCAAUGGAUUUACUGGUUGGUUUGUUUUUUAAAAGAUUUUGUUUUUAAGUGAUCUCUACACCUCACAAAACUCAAACCUAUAACCCUGAGAUCAAGAGUUGCAUGCUCCACUGACUGAGCAAGCCAGGGGCUUCUGUAUUUAUUGUUAACAUUAUGAAUAUAGCAAAUGGUUAAUACAGCAUUUGUGAAAACUAUUGUAUUCCUGGAACUGGGCUAAUUAUGCUUUGUCAGUAUUCUUUAAUCCCACAACUAUUAUGUAAGGCAUUACCUAUUUUGUAAAUGAAAAAAAUAAGGAGUUGCUUAUUUUUGCUUAAAUAAGGAGUUGCUUAAAAAAAUGGAGUUGCUUUCUUCCCAUUCAUAUCAAUGAAUAUUGAUUCAUUUCCUAUCCACUCCUCAACCUACAACUAUCGAUCUGAUGAGCCAAGCUCUCCACUGAAACCCCAUUACUGAGAUUUAACAGAUGGCCUUCCAGGUGCUAAUUUGUGAUCAACUUAGUGACUCCUCUGCACUCCUUGAUGACUUCCCCCAUCCUUCAUCAUUUCCAGGACCACAGUUUGCCAGGGCUACCUCUCUGGCCUAUUUUUCUCCCUGUAUCUCCAUUUCUUCUUUCUUGUGCUGGUCCUUAUAGGUAGGUCUUCUCCAGGAGCCUGUCCACAUGUCUCCUUUAUUUACACAAUCUCCUUGCAUGCUCUCACCCAUUUCCUGAUCUCUGCUACCACUGGAAUGCUGAGGGUAGGGGAAAUGGUGCCAUGCCCUUGACACCCACAGAUUUGGGACAAAGAUCAUUAACAUACUAGAGACUGCUGCUGCCCAUAAAAGCAUGUCAAAUUGAAGUGUAUGAAGGUGAACACAUGGAACCUUCUGUACCACCCCCAACCCUGCCUAGUCAGACCUCACCUCUUCCUCCUCCUUUCCAUUAUUUUGAUUAAGGACCUGCCAUCCACCCAGUUACUCAUGCCUAGACCUGAAAGUCUUGUUUUCUUCCUCCACCCUGCUAAUCCAUUCUGUAUGAUAGAGCUAUCAGUUCUGCCUCUUUCAUCUUUUGAAUUUAGUCACUUCUCUCUACAGACCUGGGAAAGUCUAGUGGGAGCCAACACUGUCUCUCACCUCACUGACCGACACAGUUUAUUCAUUGCCCUCCUGCCUCCAGUUUUGUCCCUUCCACUGUUUUUCUCCACUCCAGUCAUAAACUUUUUAAAGCUCCAAUGCAGGGAAUAACAUGAUGAGAUUUGAGCUUUUAACCCUCAUUGCUCUCAGGAUAAACUCUAACCUCCUCAACAAAGCAUUCAGAGCUGUCUGGAAUCUUGGAUCUAUGAGCCUCGUUCCUUGCCACCCAGUCUUGCUCUCCUAUAUUCCCUUGUGGAUAUUUCUGUCACUUUAUCUUCAAUAUUGAUUUAUGACUAUUUCCAUAUCUGUCUUCUCCACUAGUUGAAAAGUUCUUGGAUUAGGGCAGGGACUAUUGAAUUCCCAGAUUCUAGGGUACAGUAGGCCCUUGGUGAAUAUUUGUUGAAUGCAUAAAAAAUAGGUGAUUAACUUUCUCAAAGGUUAUAAUGCAAAUAAGUUCUGAAAGUGGAACCAAAAUCUGUGGCACUCUAAAACCCAUAUUGGCCCACUAAUGCAUCCCACUAAUGCUUACAUCAAACAGUAACAAAAAGAUAUACAGCACUCAAAAGAAUUGAAAACAGGGUCUUGAAAUGAUGUUUGUAUACUCAUGUUCAUAGCAGCAUUAUGCACAAUAGCUAAGAAAUGGAAGCAACUCAAAUGUCCAUUGAUGGAUGAAUGAAGGAUAAGCAAAAUGUGUUAUGUACAUACAAUGGAAUAUUAUUUAGCUUUAGAAAGGAAGGAAACUCUAUACUAUACUACAAUAUGGGUGAAUCCUGAGGACAUUAUGAGUGAAAUAAGUCAUAGACAAGUAAUUGCAUGAUUCCAUUUAUAUGAGAUAGUGUAGUCAGAAUCGUAAAGGCAGAGAGUACAAUGGUGGCUAUCAGGGGCUAAGGGGAGGGAGAAAUGGGGAGUAACUGUUUAACUGGUAUAGAGUUUCAGUUUUAUAAGAUGAAAAGAUUUAUAGGGAUGGAUGGUGGUGAUGGUUGCAUAACAAUUUGAAUAUAUUAAUACCACUGAACUGUACACUUAAAAAUGGUUAAGAAGGAACUCAGAAAGACAAAUAGCAUAUGAUUUCACUAUGGGUGGAAUUUAAGAAACAAAACAGAUGAACAUAGGGGAAGGGAAGGAAAUAUAUAAUACAAUGACAACAGAGAGGGAGGCAAACCAUAAGAGACUCAAUUCCAGGAAACAAACUGAGGGUUGCUGGAGGAGGCAUGGGUGGGGGCAUGGGGUAACUGGGUGAUGGGGAUUAAGGAAGGCACUUGAAGUCAUGAGCACUUGGUGUUAUAUUCAACUAAUGAAUCACUAAAUUCUACUCUGAAAAUAAUACAGUAUAUGUUAAUUAAAUUGAAUUUAAAUAAAAUGAUUUUUAAAUUGUUAAGAAGGUCAACUUUAUGUUAUGUAUAUUUACAAAAAAAAAAAAACACCUUCAAAAAAAAGUCCCCAAACAAAGAUGUCCUGCAAGGAGUCUUGGUCCCAUUUUUCUCCUCCAUCUUGCUGAUUCCCACUCUCUCUGCUCCAAGGCAACCAAUCUUGUUAGUUUCUGUAUCUCCUUCCAGGUUUUCUUUUUGCAAAUAUAAGCAAAUAUAAAGCUAUAUUCUUCACCUUCUGACUUCUUAAAAGAUAUUAAAAAAAAUUUUUUUUUAACAACUUCACCUUUUCUGGAGUAUGUAGCAAAAGGAGCUAGUAAGUACCCAGCUUGAAUGAACUCACAAGAUGGAGACUUGGAAGACAAUAGCUAUUUGAGGAGAGGGUAAAGUAAUCUUGCUUGCUCACCACGAGUGAGGCCUUUAGGGACAGCCAGAGUCCUCCAGGACAGAGCUUUAGGUAUCUCUCCUAGGCAGAUUCUCAAGCUUUUCAGAGUUACCUUUUCUCGGGAACUCUUCUAGGCCACUCCCUCUGAUGCAAUAUCUGGGUUUGGACAGAAAGGAGGGAACUGCACAGCCCGCCCCUUCUGAGCUGACUGGGCUGACUCCUCUUUCUAGAACAAUUCAGUCUUCACGGCAAUUCAAACCUCAGCUCCAACACCUGCAUUCUGAAGCAAGGAUGGCUGAGAUGGACAGAAUGCUUCAUUCUGGAAGGAAACAAUAUUCCAGGUCAAGCUGAAUCUGCCAAACACAGACCCUCUCUGUGGUUUUAGAAGAAGUCUUGACAAAUCUUAUCAUGUGGUUUUUCUACGCCUUGAUUCCUUGUUUACUCGUAGAUGGAGUGGCCAUCCUGCCUGCCCCUCAGAACCUCUCUGUACACUCAACCAACAUGAAGCAUCUCUUGAUGUGGAGCCCAGUGGUUGUGCCUGGAGAAAUAAUACACUAUUUUGUCGAGUACCAGGGAGAGUAUGAGAGCCUGUACAUGAGUCACAUCUGGAUCCCCAGCAGCUGGGGCUCACCCACUGAAGAUCCGGAAUGCGACAUCACUGAUGACAUCACUGCUACUGUGCCAUACAACCUCCGUGUCAGGGCCAGCCUUGGCUCACAGACCUCAGCCUGGAGCACCCUGCAGCAUCCUUUUAACCGAAACUCAACUAUCCUCACACCACCUGUGAUGGAGGUCACCAAGGACGGCUUCCACCUGGUUAUUAAGCUGGAAGACCUGGGGCCCCAGUUUGAGUUCCUCGUGGCUUACUGGAGGAGGGAGCCCGGUGCCAAGGAACAUGUCAAAGUGGUGAGGAGCAGGGGCAUUCCAGUGCACCUGGAAACCAUGGAACCUGGAGUCCCAUACUGCGUGAAGGUCCGGACGUUGGUGAAGGCCAUUGGGAGGCACAGCCCUUUCAGCCAGGUGGAGUGUGUCAGGGUGCAAGGAGAGACCCUCCCCCUGGCACUGGCCCUGUUUGCAUUUGUUGGCUUCAUGCUCAUCCUUGUGGUGGUGCCCCUUUCCAUCUGGAAAAUGGGCCGGCUGCUCCGGUACUCCUGUUGUCCCGUGGUGGUGCUCCCCGACACCUUGAAAAUAACCAAUUCACCACAGAAGUUAAUCAGCUGCAGAAGGGAAGAGGUGGAACCCUGUGCCAUAGCUGUGCUGUCUUCUGAGGAACCCUUCAGGGCCUGGCUUUAGCAGCCUUGGGGAGGGCCCAGCGGAAACUGAGACUCCGGUUGGCACAACACAACAGCCAUGAGGGGAGAGACCCUGUAUCUGUUUUCCUCCAUGGACAGAGGACAAGAAAAGCAAGAGGAGCCUGAUGUGUCCAUGUCUAGAGGCAACUGUCUGAAGCAGACUGGUUUGGCAGACAAAGCAAGAAGUGGGGGUCAGGAGAUGUGACCUCUAGAACUGUCUGCCAUUCACUGACUGAAUGACACUAGAGAAAGUGGCUUGGUUUCUCUGGUCCUCAGUUUUCUCAUCUAGAAAGGGAGAAUUAAACAUACAACCGUCAAUCCACUGUAUCUCUCUGGCCCUUGCAGAGAUUUGGGAAAUUGGCAGCGUUGUACAUUGGGAUUGGUUCAACUUUUCGGCAGAGCAGUAUAUAAAUUGCAACAAGAAUGAUAAAAACUCUUUACCCCAGUUGGCUUCGAGAGCCACUUUCCUAAAGGAAACCUUGAUGGGGAAAGGAAGGAUGAGUACAACAGUGUUGACUUCACUUCAAACCACAUGUCUGUGCAGAGGUCAAUGGCUCAGCCAGCGCUACAACACAUGACCUAGAAGGAGGUCACAGGCCCAUGGAAAAUGGGCAGUGCUGUGCAUACAAGAGAUAUUGUAAAGGGUAAAUAACACACGCACACUGAGGGCAGCAGGUAGAAUGUAUGUGUAUGAGGAGAGGAGAAUGCAGAAGGAUGUUGAUAAUAAACGUGGUGUUUGCUGUGUUCCUUUUAACUGUAGAGGUGUUAAAGUAUAGAAUUAAAAAUAAAAAGGGGUCACCUUCGGUAAUCCUUUUGGUUUCUUCCAAAAAAGCGGUCUUUGGGAUUCUAGUUACAUCAUCAACCUUGUGUCCAGGGAGGCUCCUGAAGGCCACCAUUGGCCAGGAGUUGUGGAGGUGACUCCAGGUAGGGGAUGCGGCAGGGAAGGAGAACCCUGACCGGUGCAGCUGGCCAAAGCCUCACCUGGUCAGGGUGCUCCACAGGAAGUCCCUUGGGGGUACUUCUCCUCCCUAAGACAGCUCACUCAGGGUGUCCUCAGUGCCUUCUAGCAUGGUCAUCCGGGACCCACUUUUGGAAGCCUCUUCCUGCCCCUCUCCCAACCAGGUGAGGAAGAGUCAGGGCUAGGGAAGGAAUGGAGAGGUAAGUCUCUUGAGAAGUGAAGGGAUUAAUGGGCAAGGCCUGUGCGUUCCUUCUUAACCCCCAGCUUUGGAGCCUCUGAGUUGGUUUGUCUCCACACCAACUUCCAGGACCCCUUCCAGCCAGCCCAGAGUUGGGGACAAUGUAACUACUUCAACCAGGUGUUUCUCCUACAAAAGAGAGGCCUACAACCCCCCUCUCUACCCCAGUGGGGUCUCAAGGAGCCAGAGGGUGCACUCUGCAGGAGGGUGAUACUGUCUAAGAUCUUUCCUUUGUAUAAUUUGUAUGCUUCCGUGUUGUUGGAUUUCUUCAUGAAAAGUAUGUGUUAAUUUUAUAUUUAGCCUAAACUGGACAUAUUUUCAAUGUGCAAAAAUAAAGGCUAUACUACUGUACCGGUCA